UGAUGAUGAUGAUGAUGAUGACAGUAGUCAAAGUCUAUAGAAAGUAUAUACUCAUCCAGUGUACUCUGUCUACCCAAAGCUAAGGUAUUGUAGUUAAGGCGCUACUACGCAGGAAUCAACAUCAGAGAAUUGCCACCGAGUCUGCAGAGGAGAGAGAGGUAGGGGAGAGUGUAAGUGUGAUGGAGAGAAGUGUGACUGCGACUGUGAGUGUGGGACAGCUCCUCUCUCUGGUCAGCAGUACUCUGGAGAUGACUGUGGCUGCGACCCUGACAACUGCUACAAUGAACAGUACCCUGGCAGAGUGUGUGCACACAGUCAGGACAGAGAGAAGGAUGGAAAGUGCGACUGCAAUGAUUGUCUGUGUGACACAGACUCUGUCUCAUUCAACAGGACUUGUAUCUACAAAGACCACCUGUGCAGUUUGUUUGUGUCAUGUUCUCUGUGUUGGCCUAUGAACUGCUCCAUAGGAGACUGUCAUCCCAGCACUCUGGAUUACCUCAAUAGUGAUGGGGUAUCAGUGUCUUGUACAUUUGAACGGGACGGAUGUACUGUGGACUAUCAGGUGGUACUCUCUGGGGCCUUCAACACUAUGGGCAGUGUCUUUGUUGGAGGAGAGAGAGAUUGUCAGGACUCAGACAUACUGAGUCAGCUGGCCUGGAUCAUUCCUGUGUCAAUCAGUGGAGGUAUUCUAUUGCCAGUACUGCUGCUACUAGUUGCCACCACAUGCAUUCGGACUUACAAGUGCAACAAUCCCAUCUUUACAAGAAACAGUUCUUAUACUGAUCCAAGUGGCAGAGCAGUAAUCUAUGAGACAGUUGGCGAUGGUGACAGUCACCCAGACAUUGGAGUCUAUGAAACAGUGGAUGAUGUACGACAGCAGCAUCGUGUGGCUGAAACUGGUCCAGCCACUAGAGAUAAUUUGGCCUAUGGAGUCUCUUACCGUGUCUCCACAGCACCCAACCCUGCAUAUGUAGUUGUGAACAGUAACAUUCGGCCUUGUCUCUAGGCCAGGGAAAUAUUGUGGAGAACUGUUUUGUAGCUAGCUACACACUACUUACUUUUCUUUAGUCACGUUAUAAUUAUUCAUGCAGUCUAAGUUGUGGUUACAACAGGAGCUAUAUAUAAUUAUAUAAAUUAUUAUACAGUAUAAAAAAUAUAUAUUUGUAGUGAACACUGUCGUAGGACCCAAUGACAGUAUAUAGAUGUACUGUGAUUUACGGCAUGUUACUCAAAGCUACACUGUGAAAAAUACAGCCUUGACUAUGAGAGGUAUAUAGAGUGUGCAGAGCUGUGGAGUGCUGUCCACCGUACACCACAAGAAAAACAGAAGUGGUUGAAGGACC